CCUGAGGAACGCAACCUCUAGUCUCCACGAUGUCAUCACCUUACCUUAGUCAGCGGGGCACGUGCCUAUCCAAAGAUAGUACACAACGCCUAGCCAUCGAUUUGCCCAACUAGUUCUUAAUAUAGAUAUAUCUCGCUUCAUCAUGGUUUAUUACAUCCGUUUUCUCAAAACCCCAAGAAUCCAGAAGCAGAAAGCAGGGUCUUUGUCUGUUUCCGCGCUUAUCUGCAUCACCACCGACUUAGGAGAUUCGUUUCUAGCACAGGAUGUGAAUUUAGUCGUAUCAUUGAGCCUCCAGGAUUCGGAAAAGGUUCUACAUCAGGAGCCAUUGAGUUGGAAAGCUGGCAAACGGGAACUUGCUAUAUUAAUGGGACCGUUUCAUCCACAGCUUUCCCAACAUGCCAUUGUUCUGAGUGUUGCUGCAGCUGAUCGUCGAAAGCAUCAUCCGCCUUCCCCAGACAAUCUACUAGGGAACCCCGGUGUUCCCCUAGUGAUUUCUGGAUGGAGCGCACCUUUUGGUGGGCCAGAGCCCUUGGUAGCUGAGAAACUCGUCGAAAGACGCUUUGGGCCGAAGGGUCAUCUAGACCUCAGGAUAUGGGAAGAAACCGGAAAUAGCAUUGCCCGUCAUAUCUGGGAUGCAGCCAUUGCAUCAGUGAUCUAUCUCCAGCAGAUAGCUGCAGGAGACUCAACAAUCACAGUACCACUACUUUCAAAACUACUACAACUAGAACGCAAUGCCCCUCUUCGUGUCAUCGAACUGGGAUCAGGGUGCGGUAUCGUCGGGAUAGCAUUGGCGCAAAUGCUUCCUGAAUGCUCCACCCUACUCACAGACCUGCCAGAGGUCGAAGAGAUAGUAACACAAAACAUAGCAGUUGCCAAACCGACACCGUCCUCCAACCUUGAGUAUCGAACCUUGGACUGGGACGAAGCGCUCCCAGAAGACCUUCGUAACGACUCUAUCGACUUGGUCCUUGUAUCAGACUGUACCUACAAUGCAGACAGUUUGCCUGCCCUAGUUUCGGUCCUGGACCGUCUCGUUCAGUCAUCACCGGAUGCUAUCAUUCUUGUGGCUCUGAAGAGACGACAUGACAGUGAGACCAUUUUCUUUGACUUGAUGCAGUCGUCAGGGCUCUCCAAUCUGCAUCAUGACAGCAUGCAAUUGCCCUCGCAACACGACCAGUUUGACCAGAUUGAAUUGUAUUGUUAUGGAAACAAGACAAGACACCCAAAACCCAUCGCGACAUAAAAGGCCUCCCAGUUCAUUAACAAUUCGCCUGACUCAAAAGGAUAUGGCAAACACUCUUUCGCAGUCGUACUUGCUGCUACGGGAUGACGGACAUUAUGGCUACUCGGCAGCUAACGGCACUCUUGUAACUGCAUAUGCCUACGCCGAUUUUGCGCACAUGCACUUGCACAUCGGCUUUCAGUGUUGGGCGCUUAGGUAAAGAUUUAUCAUAGCAAGAGACAUCACUUACGAAAGAUAUAAAAUACCCUCAGAAGUAUAUGGGC